AUGAAAAGUCAGCCUCCCCUUCCAACAUCAGAAGAUUAUGACCCCAGUGACUACUAUGAAGACUACGACUUAUUUGAUAAGAACCACCGCAAGAUAACUAUCAACUGGAGGCUUUUAAUGUCAUUUGUCAGAGUAAUUUAUAUUAUUGAUACCACAAUAACCGUAAUCAGCAUCAUCACAAAUGCGCUUCAUCUUAUAAUUCUGACAAGAAAGUCAAUGAGGAAUAAUUUCGUGAAUAUUAUCAUGAUUGGCAUUUGUUUUUGCGAUUUGUUAAUGUUAUCUCUCGCCACUUUUUUAGUGUUUGGAGAUUCGAUAUCAGGCCUGGAUGAAUGCACAACUAGUGAAUCAUUGGUCGCAAUUUAUGUGGAUUGGGUGAUUAUGAUACUAUUCGAUAUAACCAGAAGAACUUCUACAUAUCUUGGUUUGUUUAUGGCGUUUCUAAGAUUGUUGGUUGUCACAUUUCCAAUGAGUGAAAUCAUGAAAUCAUUGACAAAACCAGUAUCCGCUGUAGUCUUGGUAAUGUCUGUGACUACAAUAUGUGCCAUUUGGGAUUGCUCUUACUGGAUGCAGUACUCGAUUCGAAAUUUGAAAGGAAAAAGAGAGUGA